ACGGAGGAAGAAAGAAAGAGGGGCAUGCGUGCAGUGACUCCACGUGUUCACACAUCAUUUGCUCAAGAAUUGUCCCUUUUCUCUCUCUCUCUACAACCAAAACCAAACUCCUGCCAAUGCCAUGUCAGAGUGCUCAAGCCCCGGCGAAAUCGUAUUACUUUCUCUCUCUUCCAAAAUCUGUCACUCUCUAAAACUAAAAACUAAAACUAAAACUAAAAAUCUCUCUAUUUUACGUUUUCUCUCUCAUCCUCGAUUCUCACACCUGUCCCUUUUCCUUCUCUCGCAUGCCCUAAUACCUCUCUUCCUUCCUUCCUUCUCUCUUUCUCUCUCCUCCCUCACUCUUCAAUUUCAAUUCUACUAUCUCAUUUACUUUCAAAUCUUUGCUUACUUUCCCAGAUUUCCAUGUUCUGAGAUGGCGUCUGCUGAAAACAUUCCUUCGUGGUUGAUGGAUUAUCGCUGAUGGAAGACUUAUCAGUUGUUACCACAGCUGCCUAUUUUAUUACCUGUUUGAUAUAGAAACCAAUCACUUUCAAGGAAUCACUGGCACUGCUUGUAUAAAUGCUGCACUUGAGGCUUGGAGAUGAAGGAGAAGGGUCCACAACCUAGUAAUAUGAUUAGUCGAAACUGGGUGCUGAAACGCAAGCGUAAGAAACUUCCAUGUGGACCAGGUGUAUCUGCUAGCAAGGACAAGGAGGAGGGUUUGGCAGCUGAAUCUACUGCAGUUAAUUGCUCAAAAAAAGAUUUGCAGAAUUCUGAAACGAAUUUUGAUUGUUUGACAUCAAAGAAGAAAGGAAAUGAUGGGGUAAUUGACAUUUAUAGCGAUUAUUAUUAUGAGUGUGUGAUCUGCGAUCUUGGAGGGAACUUGCUGUGCUGUGAUAGCUGUCCAAGAACAUACCAUCUUGAAUGCCUUGAUCCGCCACUUAAGCGUAUUCCAAACGGGAAGUGGGAAUGUGCCACCUGCUUGCAGAAAAUUGAUUCAGCGGAUUCCAUCAGUCACCAAGACUUGAUGCUCAAGCGAGCUAGGACAAUGACUAUAUCUGAGAAACUGAAAGCUGGAGGCAAGCCAUCUAGUACUCUUAAAGUGUCUCAGUUUCUUGGGAGGUCCAUUGGAAAAAAAAGAUCAUCCAGUAAAAGAAAAUCUGGUUUACAUGACAGAGGCCAGUCUUUAAAGAAGCUAGAAUCUUCGAUAAUUGAUGGAUCAUGCUGUAGCAAGAUAGGAUUAAUGUCUCAUGAAGGUACUGCGGGUGGUUCCUCGCCAAGUGAAAGUGCAGAUGGUAAAAAGAAACUUCACACUGCUACCGAGGACAUUGAAAAGAUUUAUGAUUCAUCAGCAGCUGGCAGGAAGUCUAACUAUCUUGUGGAACAUAAUUGUUCCCUCCCUAUGCAUGCUUGUACUGAGCCAAAGAGUGAAGCUACCAAAAAAAGGCAUGAUUUCGCUAAUAAAAGUCACAGCACUACCAAUAAUUCUACACCUGCACCAGGCGUUGUUUCUGAGGCUCACAAAAGAAAACAGAAACCUUGUAAAGAUGGAAGCAAGAAAAAAUCUAAGAUGUCUACUGGGGAGCCUUCAGUAAAUAGAGGUCAGAAGCGUAAAUCAAAUGCACAUGUUUCUUCUCCAAAGAUUAAAAAGCCACAGAGAAAACGUCGCUCUGUUCAUCACAGAUUUCAUGUUUCACAGGAUAAUGCUGUGUCUGGGAAGACAGAAAGUCAGCAAGAGGAGGCAUAUCCUAGAGAAGCAGCGGGGUUGUCAAAGAAAGAGGAUAUUGGACCUGAUAAGAUGAUUAUAUCUGAAAAGAACUCUUUUGACGAAACAUUACAAGUUGAUCGGGUCCUGGGAUGUAGAGUGCAGGAAUUAAUUUCUCUGUGUCAAACAUCUGAAAUGCCAAGCAAUGGGUUCUUAUGUGAAGCUAAAAUUUCGAAAAAUGGAAUGAGCAAGCCAGAGCAUAUAGCCGAUUUGGAGGAUUUAGACGAUUAUCUUGAAGAUCCUUCUUUAAUGCAGUGCCAAUCAGCUGAAAAGUUUCUUGUGGAUGAUUGUUUAGUGGAUACAUUAGAUGUAUGCAGAAGAACUGUGACCAAAGAAUGCAACCAAGGUGAUCGGUUGGGUGAGGUAGGGGUAGAAUUAAGUUCUAGUGUUGCAACUGGAGAAAAAAAUCGUGAAAUGCAUUUUGCCAAUGAAAAUUUGCAUGCACCUCGAUCAUCAGAAGACAAAUCAGAGGCCAAAAAUUCAGUUGCAAGUGAUGGCAAUUGCGAUAAAAAGGUUUUGGAAGCUAGGUUGGAUGAAACUGUAUUAUCCAAUGGAGAACAUAUCUCCUAUGAGUUUUUAGUUAAAUGGGUUGGAAAAUCUCAUAUUCACAAUAGUUGGAUUCCUGAGUCCAGGCUUAAAGUUUUGGCCAAAAGAAAGCUAGAUAACUAUAAGGCAAAGUAUGGAACUGCAGCAAUAAAUCUCUUCGAGGAGAGGUGGAAACAGCCCCAUCGUGUAAUUGCACUUCGGUCAUCAGAGGGUGGUAUGACUGAAGCUUUUAUUAAAUGGUCAGGCCUCCCAUAUGAUGAAUGCACUUGGGAGAGGACAGAUGAACCUGGAAUCAGAAACUCAUUGCAGUUAAUUGAUCAAUUCAAUCAGUUCGAGCGCCAAACACUGGAGAAGGAUGCCGAAAGGGAAACAUUAUCUAGGAAAGAUGAUUUUCAACACAAGGAGGUUCUCGCUCUUGCUGAGCAGCCGAAGGAACUCAAAGGUGGUUCACUCUUUCCACACCAGCUAGAAGCUUUGAAUUGGUUGCGCAAAUGCUGGCACAGAUCUAAAAAUGUUAUUCUUGCUGAUGAGAUGGGCCUUGGGAAAACUGUAUCUGCUUGUGCCUUCAUUACAUCCUUGUACUUUGAGUUUAAAGUAAAGCUUCCUUGUCUUGUUUUGGUGCCUCUUUCCACAAUGCCGAACUGGAUGGCAGAGUUCGCUUCAUGGGCUCCAGACGUGAAUGUAGUGGAGUAUCAUGGAAAUGUUAAAGGAAGAACUAUAAUUCGUCAACAUGAGUGGCAUGCCAGUCAUCCAAAUGAAUUGACUAAGAAAAGUGCGGGCUACAAAUUUAAUGUUCUUUUGACUACUUAUGAGAUGGUUCUUGUUGAUUCCUCUCAUUUACGAGGGAUUCCUUGGGAAGUUCUUAUUGUCGACGAGGGGCACCGGCUUAAGAAUUCUAGCAGUAAGCUUUUUAGCAUGCUUAAUUCUUUUUCCUUCCAGCACCGUGUCCUAUUGACUGGCACCCCUCUUCAAAACAACUUAGGAGAGUUGUACAACUUGCUUAAUUUUUUGCAGCCAGCUUCAUUCCCUUCUUUGUCAUCCUUUGAGGAAAAUUUUAAGGACCUUUCUGACACUGACAGGGUAGAGGAACUCAAGAAACUUGUUGCUCCACAUAUGCUUAGAAGGCUGAAGAAAGAUGCGAUGCAGAAUAUUCCACCUAAGACUGAAAGAAUGGUCCCUGUUGAGCUGUCUUCCAUCCAGGCUGAAUAUUAUCGCGCAAUGCUCACAAAAAACUAUCAGAUUUUAAGGAACAUUGGUAAAGGGGUUCCCCAACAAUCAAUGCUCAACAUCGUUAUGCAACUGCGUAAAGUUUGCAACCAUCCAUAUCUUAUCCCUGGCACAGAACCUGAUUCUGGAUCAAUAGAAUUCCUUCAUGAAAUGCGGAUAAAGGCUUCAGCUAAGCUAACUGUCUUGCACUCUAUGCUGAAAUUGUUACAUAAAGACGGCCAUAGAGUUCUAAUAUUUUCACAGAUGACGAAGCUUCUAGAUAUUCUGGAAGAUUAUCUGAAUGUUGAAUUUGGGUCCAAGUCCUUUGAGAGAGUUGAUGGUUCUGUUUCAGUAGCCGAUCGUCAAGCAGCUAUUGCACGCUUUAAUCAAGAUAAGAGUCGAUUUGUAUUCUUGUUGUCAACCCGUUCUUGUGGCCUUGGAAUCAAUUUGGCGACAGCUGAUACUGUGAUAAUUUAUGACUCAGAUUUUAACCCACAUGCUGAUAUUCAAGCAAUGAAUCGUGCUCAUCGAAUUGGACAAUCAAACAGACUUUUGGUUUAUAGGCUUGUAGUUCGUGCUAGUGUUGAAGAACGUAUAUUGCAGCUAGCAAAGAAAAAACUGAUGCUGGAUCAACUUUUUGUAAAUAAGUCUGGAUCUCAAAAAGAGGUGGAGGCUAUACUGCGUUGGGGAACAGAAGAGCUUUUUGGUGAUUCUUCUGGAAAGGGCAUUGGUGAAAAUGAUACGUCUAAGGAUGAAGCAGUUCCAGAUACAGAACAGAGGAGUAAGAGAAGAACCGGUGGCCUUGGAGAUGUAUACCAAGAUAAAUGCACAGAAGGAAGCAGCCAAAUUAAUUGGGAUGAGAAUGCCAUCUUAAAAUUGCUUGACCGUUCGAACCUUCAAUCUGGAUCAUCGGAUAAUACUGAAGCAGAUGCAGAAAAUGAUUUGCUUGGUUCAGUUAAGGCUGUGGAAUGGGCUGAUGAACCAAUGGAAGAGGAAGGAAAAAUUGAAUCACCUCUUGCUCUCACUGAUGAUGCUUCUGCACCUAGUUCUGAUAAAAAGGAUGAGGUCUGUGGUACAGAAGAAAAUGAAUGGGAUAAGCUUCUGCGUGUGAGGUGGGAAAAAUAUCAAAAUGAAGAGGAAGCUUCUCUUGGUAGAGGGAAACGUCUCAGAAAAGCUGUUUCUUAUAGGGAAGCAUUUGCAGCCCACCCUAAUGGAACACUUAAUGAGAAUGGUGCUGAAGAUGACCGAGAACCACAAGCAGAACCUGAAAGAGAGUACACAUCUGCAGGACGUGCUUUUAAGACUAAGUUUGCUAGGCUUCGUGCUCGGCAAAAGGAACGGCUUGCUAGGAGAAAAGCACUUGAAGAAUCUUCUCUUGCCGGUGGUCCUCCUGAAACUGAUUUGUCUCCGGAGGGCGCUCAAUAUCACGCGGAUGAUAAGGACGGAGCUUGCAGAUCUGUUAAACUGUUGGGGGAAGAAGCUACUUCAUUUGAAUUGGAGGAUAAAAAGUUGAGUGAACUGCAAAAGGCUGGAAAAUAUUUAAAACAUAAAUCCAGCAGUAAUUACAAUUCUUGCCCCAAAGUUCCUGCCAAUUCUUCUUUGAAUGUUGUUCCUGGUCAGAGUAAGGGUGCAACUUUAGCAGAUUCAGCUGCUACGAACUAUCGCUUGCCUGUUCUGGGACUUUGUGCACCUAAUGCUUAUCAGGCCGAGUCAUCUUACAGAAACAUUUCAAGGCCAAGAGAAACUAGACAAGUAAAUCAGUCAGACUUUCUUUCAACAACAUCUGCAUGUUCUGGGACUUUUACAAAGAUGGAUGCAACGGGACUUGAGACAACUAGGGGUAAAUCAAGACUUCCUGAAGCAUCAUCAGAGUUCACACCACAGUAUCUGAAGAGCAGCUUUCAAGAUAAUUCCUUCUUAUUGCCAAUGUGCUCACCACCACUAUUGCAGCGAAAGCUUCCAGAUGGUGUAGAGAGCUCAAGAUCCAGUUCAGCUGAUAUCCUGGAAAAAAUAGGAUUGCCCAAGUUGCCUUUUGAUGAUAAAUUGCUCUCAACAUUUUCGCUUCCACCUAAAACCUUACAGGGCCCAGCUCCUGACUUUGUAGGAAACUUGUCACUUGGAAGAAGAGAUGAUGCUGCAAAUAUGAAUCCACCUCCCACAAUGCCAUUCUUGCCAAAUUUGAAGUUCCCUUUGCAAGACUUACCUUAUCUUAAUCAGGAAGAGUUAAAUAUGCUAACCACACUGAGUCUAGGACACAAGCCAAAUGCAUAUCCUUCAUUCCCUGAAAAUCACAGGAAGGUUCUUGAGAAUAUAGCUAUGAGGACAGCAGGAACAAGCAACCUACAUAAAAGAAAAUCAAAAGUAGAUGGAUGGUCAGAAGACGAACUUGAUUCCCUCUGGAUUGGUGUCCGUCGAUAUGGGCGAGGCAACUGGGAUGCAAUGCUUAGGGAUCCCAGACUCAAAUUCUCCAAGUACAAAACUCCAAAUGACUUGGCUGCAAGAUGGGAGGCCGAGCAACAAAAGAUAGUGGAUGCUUCUCCAGCCACAGGAUCUAUUAAACAUGCAAAAGCUCACAGGUCUGCGCUGUUCCCAAGCUUUUCAGAUGGAAUGAUGGCGCGGGCUUUGCAUGGAAGUAGGCUAGCUGGGCCUAUCAAAUUCCAGAGUCACUUAACAGACAUGAAAUUGGGAUUUGGUGAUCUUGUAGCAAAUUUUCGCCCUUUUGAACCUUCCAGUUAUGCUGGUUUUCAUGAUGAAAAUUAUGUUCCUAUUCAGACUUUAGGUGUUGAAAGUUUAUCAACCAGGUUCCACGGGUACCCAUCUACCGUUCUCUCUGAUAUUCACAGUACUUCAGCAAAUGUGCAGGUGGAGCCACUAGGGCCUCAUAGUGCUUUUGGGCCCAAUUAUUCGACUACAUUGGGAUUAGUUUCCACAAAUGGGUGUGCAAUACAGUCCCAUGAUCAUUUGGACGUGCAUACAUAUCAGAAGAUUCCUUGCCAGUUGGAUGGCUCACUAAAAAUAUCCCAUCAUCCCCACAAUGGCGUGUGCAGUAGUGAGCCACCAGCUUCCACUUUGUUCCUUAAUUCAAAUGAGUCAAAUCUUUCUGGCUCUAAAGGGAAAGAAGUCGUAGCAGAGAGUAGCUCUUCGAAGGACAGGCUACCACAUUGGCUUCGGGAAGCUGUAGGAGCUCCUUCCAAAAUUUCAGAUAGCAAACUUCCAGCUACAGUGUCUGCAAUAGCAGAGUCAGUUCGUUUGCUUUAUGCUGAAGAAAAGCCUUCCAUCCCCCCAUUUGUUGCUCCGGGACCACCUCUUUCUCAGCCGAAAGAUCCUCGGAAGAGUUCAAAGAAAAAGAAAAAACGAAAACCUCACAUGCUUGGGCUAAUUCCGACCGAGAUUCCUGGAAGUAGCCAGGACUUCCAUGGCAGCUCCUCUGGUGAUAGUCUGGCCUCAAAAUCAGUUUCUAUUCGCUCGUCUUUUCCAGUGCUUCCUCCAAAUGUGGAGCUGACAAACCCCUCGCCGUCUUUAGUUUCUGACCCCGUUGAUGAAACAAGUUGUGAAUUGCGUCCCUCUCCUGAGGCACUGCAGCCAGUAGCAUCAUGUGGAGCUCCAGUUCCAUGUUUACCUCAGAACUUGUCUUUGAUCUCCCCGGCUUUCUUUGACAAUGAAAAGCACCUCCCCCAAGAACUGGAAAAUGAUGGAACCAAAGAUGCAGUGGUAAACUCCCUACCUGUAGUGGGGAUGGACCUCUUGUGUACUAGGAAUUCUAGUAAAACUCAGUCUGACCCUUCGCAUGUCAAUCAUCCAGAGGGCGAGGAAGUAUCAUCGGAGAAUAUUGUGUCUAAUCAGAUAUGACAUUGAAAGAUAACUCUGGGAUCUUUUGUAAAUGCAAAUUGCAGGAUGAGAAGUGUAAUACUGUGCCAUAGACAGUGUAGACUUUUUAGGGUGUUUUUAUCAGCUAUCUUUAUAACCACAGGUGACAAUAGAGGGCCAAUUGGUCCUUUUGUCAUGUUUAAGUCUUAGGCCCGUAGUUUAUAAUUUGAUCACAGUUUUGUAGGUACCUUUGAGGUUGCGAGUGUGCAGUGUGCACUUGUAGCUCUAGUACAAGGAAAAGUCUAGGAAAUAUCUUGUAAAGCUUAUGUAUGUGAAAUGAAGUAUAUAAAUGUACCCCAUCUGGCGUGGCAUAUGCCACUCAUUAUCCUUCCA